GCAGGGCGGGCUACGAGCUUCGGGCUCCGGGCUACCGGUUACCGGGACCCCACCGGACCGGUUACCGGGUCCCCACCGGCCCGGGAAUGGGGGGUCUCCCGGUCCCCGCCGCCCUCCUCGCCGCCCUCCUCGCCGUUCUCCCGGGGCUGCCCCCGGCCAGGGCAGAGGUUCUGGUGGACGUGCUGCAGACGCUGGGCAUGCAGGAUGGUCGGGAUGGCAUCUCCAUCACUGCCGGGAUCUGCCCCCAACGUCCGGGUACCCAAGACCCCGAUUUCGCUUUCCGUGUGGACAAUCGUACCCAACUCAGCGCGCCCACCCGCCAGCUCUUCCCCAAUGGCUCCUUCCCCGUGGAUUUCUCCAUCCUGGCCACGGUGCGUGCCCGCCGUGGGGGACAAGCCUUCCUCCUCUCCAUCUACGACGAGCGAGGGGUCCAACAGCUGGGGGUGGAGAUUGGACUCUCGCCCGUCUUCCUCUACGAGGAUGAGGAGGGGCGACCGCCCCCCGAGCGCUACCCCGUCUUCCGUAGGGUCAACCUGGCCGAUGGCAAGUGGCACCGCGUGGCGUUGGCUGUGGAGGGCACCAACGUGUCUUUGCUGGUGGAUUGUCACCUCCUUGCCACGCUGCCGCUGGAGCGGGGACCCCAACCCCUCGUUAGCACCCAGGGGGUGACCAUUUUCGGGGCCCGCCUCCUGGACGAGGAGGUGUUCGAGGGUGACGUCCAGCAGCUGCUGAUCGUGGCCGACCCCGAGGCUGCCCGCUCCUACUGCCAGCUCUACAUGCCAGCCUGCGACCAACCCCUCCUCUACCCCCUCCUGGCCCCCUUCCCGGAGGAGAGUGACCCAGAACCUACAGCUGCCCCACGGAGGAAGGGGAAAAAGGGAAAAGGGAAAGGGAAACGCAAGGGCAAGGGCAAGAAGAGGAGGAACAAGGAGCUGGUGGAGCAGCAGGAACCCUCUGCUGUGCCCUCCGUGGUGGGCAACCAGGCCAGCUCACCCACACCAGCUGCCCAGGAGACCUCCCCGACGCCCGUCCCCUCCGUUGCCACCACCGUCAGCGUCACCCUGAACGUCACUGACCCCUUCCAGGUAACACCAGGGGCUGGGGAAGGGGUCCUUUCCGCAUCGCCCAAGGCCAGCUCACCCACACCAGCUGCCCAGGAGACCUCCCCGACGCCCGUCCCCUCCGUUGCCACCACCGUCAGCGUCACCCUGAACGUCACCGACCCCUUCCAGGACACCGGCGAGGAGCUUGUUCUUGAGGAGGAUGGAGGUGACAGCACGGAGGUGCCGGCCUACGAGGACUACUACGAGGAGGACCCUGCGAGCCAGGAGAGGUUUGGCCCCGCUGAGAGGGAGGAGAUGGUCAUCCAGGCUCCCCAGGAGCCCAGCUUGAAGGGGGAGAAGGGCGAGCCAGCCAUCGUGGAGCCGGGAGAAACAGGUCCCUUGGGACCACCGGGACUCCCAGGGCUGCCCGGGGACCCUGGAGAUCAGGGUCCUGCGGGACGGCCGGGGCUGCCGGGAGCUGCCGGGAUCCGUGGCCCAGCAGGGACCAUGAUCAUGUUGCCG